AUGAUUGUAGAGAUAGGACAAAACAUAACAUUCCAGAGUUUGUCAAUGGCUGCCAAGUGUAAUGGAAAAAGAAGAAAAGGCAAACAAGAGAAUACCAUGAUCUUCCAAAGUGUUUAUGGGGAAUGCCAAGGAGAUGGUUUGCAUCUUGAAAGAAGUGGUCUUCCUGACAACUGGGACGAUGCAGAGGGUUAUGACAGCUAUCGAUUUGGAGAAAUAUUUGACAGUAGGUAUGAAGUUACUGCAGCCCAUGGGAAAGGUGUUUUUUCGACAGUAGUUCGUGCAAAGGACCUCAAGGCUGGGAAGGGUGAUCCUGAAGAGGUGGCUAUAAAAAUCAUACGCAAUAAUGACACUAUGUACAAGGCAGGUUUAGAAGAGCUGAUAAUAUUGAAGAAAUUAGCUAGUGCAGAUCCUGAGAAUAGAUGCCAUUGUGUUCGAUUUUUCUCAAGUUUCAGGUACCGAAAUCAUCUUUGUUUGGUUUUUGAAUCUCCUCAUAUGAAUCUUCAUGAGGUACUAAAGAAGUUUGGUCGUAAUAUUGGCCUUAAUCUGGGAACUGUAAGAGAAUAUGCCAAACAGCUUUUUAUUGCAUUAAAGCAUCUGCGUAACUGUGGAGUCCUGCAUUGUGACAUAAAGCCAGAUAAUAUGCUGGUAAAUGAGACAAAAAAUGUGUUGAAGCUUUGUGAUUUUGGUAAUGCCAUCUUUGCUGGAAAAAAUGAGAUCACGCCAUAUCUUGUGAGCCGCUUUUACCGAGCUCCUGAAAUAAUUCUUGGCUUGCCAUAUGAUCAUCGCAUGGAUAUAUGGUCUGUUGGUUGCUGUUUAUAUGAGCUUUAUUUGGGGAAAGUCCUUUUUCCAAGCCCAUCAAACAAUGACAUGUUGUGUCUCCACAUGGAGUUGAAGGGAUCUUUUCCAAAGAAGAUGCUCCGCAAGGGUGGAUUUACCAAUCAGCAUUUUGACCAGGAUUUGAAUUUUCAUGCUACUGAAGAAGAUUCUGUUACAAAGAAGACUGUGAAGAGGCUGCUUCUCAAUAUUAAGCAAAAAGACAUUGGCUCCUUAAUUACAAGCUCCCCUGGUGAGGAUCCGAAGAUGUUGGCGAAUUUCUAAGAUCUUCUAGAAAAAAUAUUCGUCUUAGA